UAUCGGGCACAGACCCGACUCCGAAAAGCGUGCCUCCAGCUUUAAUUCACUACUCAGCGCUUUCGGAUCCUUGAGAUUUGCGCUAAUGGAGCUCCGCUUUCUCCUUUUAAUUGGUUCUUUCUCACAAUCUCUUCUUCUCGCUUUGAGCUCAGAGCUCCAAUGGCGAUUCCAAGCUCCACUUUUUCUCCAUCUUCUCUUUCAUUGAAGAGGAUAUAAAGCUCCUAGAGGGGAUGAAGAAUUACUAUCAAUAAGCACUCAGAUUUAUCACAGAAUUUUAUUUGUUCUUCUGAAUGGAACAAGCCAUGGAUCACUCUAAAAUCCUUUUGUCGCUUCCUUGUCUUUUUCCCCUUUUGUUAUUCUUCUCUUCUCAAGUGACUGCUGAUUUGUUGAACUCUGAUAAGCAAGCUCUCCUUGCUUUUGCCUCUGCUCUUCACCAUGGUAGAAAACUAAAUUGGAAUUCUACCACUCCAAUCUGCUCUUCUUGGAUUGGUGUUAAAUGUUCAGUCGAUCAAGCUCGUGUGCAAGCUAUCCGACUACCGGGAAUGGGACUCUUUGGCUCAAUUUCCUCAAACACACUAGCAAAGCUUGAUGCUCUCCAGACAUUAAGCCUCCGAUCCAACCAUCUUGUUGGGAAUUUACCUACUGACAUCUCAUCACUUCCUUCUCUUCGCUAUCUAUAUCUUCAAGACAAUAAUUUCUCUGGUAAUCUACCUGAAUUGUUCUCUUCACACCUUAUUGUUCUUGACCUCUCGUAUAACUCCUUCACUGGAGAAAUUCCUGAUGUGUUUCAAAAUUUGUCUCAGCUUAGUGUGUUGUAUCUACAAAACAAUUCUCUCUCUGGUUCAAUUCCUGACUUCAAACUUGUUGGGCUUAAACGUUUGAAUUUGAGCUAUAACAAACUCAAUGGCUCUAUACCAACAUCGCUACAAAAGUUUCCUAAUGAAUCCUUCACUGGAAACUCUCUUUUGUGUGGACCUCCUCUAGUCCAAUGCUCUGCAGUUCUUCCCUCACCUUCUCCUGUUCUUCCUCCCAUUUCAAACCCUGAAGAAUUUCACUCGAAACACAAACACUUCGCAAUAGGUACAUGGGCCAUAAUUGCGAUUGUCGCUGGAGGACUAUCUGUCUUGUUAUUAUUAGUGAUGGUUUUCAUUGUAUGUGUUAUGAAGAAAAAUGGUAGAGAAGGUAGUGAAGCAUCAAAAAAGAAGAGUUCUGCUAGCGAAAAAAGUGAAAAAUCGAAAGGGGAGUCAUCCAAUGAUGCUCAAAAUGCUGACAAGAAUAAGCUCUCAUUCUUUGAGGGCUGUUCUUACAAUUUUGACCUCGAUGAUCUGCUUAGAGCUUCUGCAGAAAUACUUGGAAAAGGGACUUAUGGAACAUCCUACAAGGCCGUUCUUGAGGAUGGUACAAUGGUUGUUGUGAAGAGGCUAAAGGAUGUGGUUUCAGGGAAGAGAGAGUUUGAACAGCAAAUGGAGAUAAUCAGAAGGCUCGGUGAUCACCCCAAUGUCCUGUCAAUUCGUGCUUAUUACUACUCCAAGGAAGAAAAACUUCUGGUGUAUGACUUUAUACCUUGCGGCAGCUUUUCAUCUCUCUUGCAUGGGAACAGGGGAAGUAACAGAACUUCAUUAGACUGGGACUCAAGGGUAAAGAUCUUACGUGGUGUGGCGCAUGGCAUAGAACACAUACACUCAGAAGGUGGUGGACAGUUUGUCCAUGGAAACAUCAAAUCAUCAAAUGUUCUUGUUUCCCAAAACUUCGAAGCUUGUGUCUCUGAUUUUUGCCUCAGCUCCAUCAUGAACACCCCUGUAAAUUGUUCUCAAAUUGCUGUUGGUUAUCAUGCUCCUGAAGUCAUUGAGACGCAGAAGCUUACUCAGAAAUCAGACAUUUACAGUUUUGGUGUCAUGCUUCUUGAGAUGCUCACUGGGAAAUCUCCGCUUCAAUCUCAAGGUGUCGAUGACAUUUUUGAUCUGCCAAAGUGGGUUCAGUCGAUGGUUCGAGAAGAAUGGACAUCAGAGGUUUUCGAUGCGGAACUUUUGAGGUACCCAAACAUUGAGGAAGAGAUGGUUCAGAUGCUUCAAUUUGCAAUGGCAUGUGUCGCAAGCAAUCCAGAUCGACGUCCUAAGAUAGACAGUGUCAUUAGUAUGAUCGAGGAAAUUUGGCAGCCAAGUUCAAGUAAUCGAUCAUCGUCUGAGGAGAAAUCAGUGAGGAUUACCGGAUAAAAGAUCGAUUGUUGGCAAGUCGUCUAGAUUGUUUUCUUUAUUUCCUGUUUUGUUGUUGUGUCUUGUUUGAUGUUUGCUGACAAUGUUUGGACAAAUCAAUUCAAUUCUUGAUGAACAAAGAACUAUUCUUCUCA